AUGGCAGAUGCGGCGGCGGAUCCACCAGAUCCGACGGCGGCGGUGCCAGGCGACGGCGGCCCAUCUAGCUCAGUUUUCUCUCCCGCGGCCUCGCAGUCGCAGGCGCAGGCGCUAGGUCCCCCAUCGCCGUUUCGGCUUCCAGCGUUUCGCGCAGUCGCGCAGAACAGCGCCUGCGGCUUCUGCCUCUCUCUCCCCCCUUCCAUUCCAAACCCUAGGGCCGAAUCUCCGGCUAGGCGUCGGCGGCGAGCGCAGCCACGCUGUCCACGCAGGGCUUGGGCGGCCUUAGGACGUAGGUGCGCUGCUUGGGGCCCCGGGUGGCUGCGGAGGGCUGGGGCGGCCCCUGGCCAGGGGCAAGUCGGCAGCGGCAAGCAACCGGGGUGCUGGGCGUGGGUGGGCUGCUGGGAGGCCUGGGGCAGCGGCCAGCGGCAGCAACGGUCGAGCCUCGAUCGUCCUGAGGCAGGAGCAGAGCAGCUGAGCUGGUCUGGUACUCUGUUGAUUCUCCAUUGGAGCAGCCAUCAGGUGUGCAUCCAGUUUUUGAUGGAAGGUACUACGAUUGCUAUUGAGAUUGAUGGGGAGGCCAUCUGUCUUGGCAGUGUCGAAGAUAAUGAACAAGAAGCUGAGGAGAAUGGAGAAAUGCAGCAAAUAAUUUACACCGCUGAAAAUGGGGAGCAAGUAGCCUUCGACAACCAAGAACAGGGGAGGGAGGAAGAUCCUGCAGGAAAUGAAGAAGAGGAUAGGGAGCAUAAUUCCAUAAUCCCAAGCCGUGAGGAGUUGACUGAAGAAUUACAAAAUAAAGUCGCAUAUAGUGAGGAAGAAGCUUACAGGUUGUACUGUGACUAUGGGCACCGUAUGGGCUUCAGUGUUCGAAAGGGAAAGCAGUACUACUUUACCGGAACCAAAACCAUCCGUACUAAAGAUUAUUACUGCUCAAAAGAAGGCUUGAAGGAUGAUGAGCAGCUUACUGAAGCGAACUUUAAUAAGCCAGAGACCAGAACUAAUUGCAAAGCAAUGGUUCGUUUUAGGGUUGAUUCUGAAGGUCAAUGGCGAGUUAUUCAAAUAAUUCCGGAACACAAUCAUGAGUUAGUUCGGCCGGAAGAGAUACACUUACUGAGAUCGGUGAGGACUCUUUCAGUCCCGAAAUCUGGUGUGCUGAAUGCAAUGGUGAAUGCUGAAAUCCAAGCAAUGCAUGACAGUUUGCAUAUAAAUGAAGAUGGUACAGAAUGCCACAGCCAGCUUAGCAUCCGUAGUUACACUCUGCUUGAACCAGAGGAAUGUGAGGCCCUUGUUGGAUAUUUCAAGCGCAGGUCAAAUGAACAAGGUAUGUUCUAUUGGGAUGUAGAAGUAGAUCAAGAAGGCCGAAUGACUAAUUUUUUCUGGAGGGAUGGGAAAAGCCGGGUUGACUAUGAUAGUUUCGGAGAUGUUGUGAUAUUUGAUACAUCAUAUCGCACCAACAAGUAUAAUAUGAUAUGUGCCCCAUUUAUUGGUGUGAAUCACCACCGACAAAAUGUCAUGUUUGGCUGUGCAUUUUUGUUAGAUGAGUCCCUAACAUCGUAUGAAUGGUUAUUUAAGUCAUUCUUGGAGUCAGUGGGCGGUCGUCCUCCUAAAACAAUCUUUACUGAUCAGAAUGAAUUUAUCUCCAAGGCAAUUGAAGAUGUUCUUCCUGGGACACAUCAUUGUCUUUGUCAACGGCUCAUUGAAAAGAACAUGCUGUCCCAUUUAGGCACUAUCAAUGAUUCUGGAACAUGUCAUAGCUUGCUUAUAAAGUGCAUGAGAGGAUGUGAGUCAGAAGCAGAAUUUGAUGAAACAUGGGCGAUGAUGCAUCAUGAGUAUAAUAUGCAGGAACACCCGUGGCUCACUGAUCUGUAUCAGCAAAGGCAUAAAUGGUGCACAACUCUUCAUAAGGAUGCGUUUGAUGGUGGGAUUGAAUUGAUGGAUAGGAAUGAGGGUUUGAACAAUAUUUUGAGCAACAUUGAUGAUGAAUCAACUUCACUUGCCACUUUUGUUCUUGAGUUGGAUAAAAUUGCAGGUAGUUGGCGUGAAACUGAGCCUUUAGAGGACAUUCAGUGCAACCAGGCUGCUCCGGAGUGUACAGUUAAGCAUAACAGAAUUUUGCAACAUGCCGCUGAAGUUUACACACACAAGGUCUAUAAGUCUCUUGAAACAGAUUUUCUAGAUGGAACUGGUGCAACUUCAUAUCAGGAAGUUCAGUGUAAUGAAACAUUGUAUAAGUUUGAGUUCGUUCUGCAAAGUAGUCCAAAUGUUUGGGUAGUUUUCCUUAACACCUCUACCAUGGAGUUGAGCUGUACUUGCAAAAAAUUUGAGACCAUGGGUGUACUUUGUUUACAUGCUCUAAAUGCACUUGGUCUCAAGAAUGUCGAUAGGAUUCCUGAAAGGUAUAUUUUAAACCGUUGGACAAAAUAUGCCAGAAAAGGAACAUAUCCAUUUCCAGUUGAUGAAUUUGCAGAACAAGAUCGCACAGAAGCUGCAUCUGUGUAUCAUAAUAGGGCUAUGUGGUUUGUUUAUGAUCUGCUGACGAAGAGCAAAAGUCAUCAUAAUACAAGAAAACUAAUUCUGGAUGUACUUGAAAACGGAGAAAAAUCACUGGACAAUAUGUGUGACCUCAAAAGAUUGCAUAUGAAUCCCUUGGGAAAAGAGAAAGAUGGGAGCAGGGUUGAAAAGAGAAAGAAAAAAUCAACUAAGCAAGAGAAACAUUCAAGAAAUGUGAAACAAGUGGUUUUGCCCCAGCCAGCUGACCCGGUUUUUGUCGAUCCACCAAAUCAAGAUCAAUAUUUUGCUGCAGAAGAUAUUGCAUCAAACUCAUCUGUUGGUAGACCUUACUUCUACCAGGAAUAUUCAGCUUAUGGCGCAGUUCAGCCACCAUCGCAAUUUGGUGGUGGAAGAAAUUUCUGA